AUGGCUGCAGCACGAAAUUCACCACGAUGCAGAGAUCCAAUGCACAAUGGGCCACCUGCAGAACGCAGUUCGCCACGAUGCAGAGAACCAAUUCACAACGGCUCAGCUUCAGAACAACUUGGUAUAUUUGGUAAACAAUUUCAAGAGUUUAAUGAGGUUUUACAUUCCGAUGAAUUUUCAGCUGAUGAAUUAGCACCAAUGACCGCAGAUCAAACUGAACGAAUUGAUGGUAUUAUUUGGAUAAAUAAUGAUAGGCUAUCUAACCAUGAAAUACAAAAUACAUUUCUCAGAUGUGGUAAUGAAGCUAACAUUGAAAUUUACUAUACAACAGCUGUUAUCUUUAUACAUAUACCAACAUUUGAAAAGCGAAAAAAGUUUCUGUUUUUUGCUGUUGAUUGA